AUGGCGUUCACCAAAUACAUCGUUCCAGCUCUGGCUAUUGCCAGUCUGGCGUUUGCUGAUAAGUCUUGCGAGGGAGACAAGACCAUUGAGAACCAAGAGGAUGCCUCUGGCCUCAGCAGCUGCUCUACCUGGGAUGGAGACAUCACCAUCAGCAACGUCGUCAACUCUGGCAUCAAGAUCGACGGUGUCCAGAAGAUCACUGGUUCCCUCAUCAGCAAGAACUCCAGCAUCACCGAGCUGUCUGCCUCCAAGCUCGCCACCAUCGGAGACUCCUUCACCAUCAACGCUUGCACUGCUCUGAGAUCCCUCCAGUUCGACUCUCUCACUGCUGUCAAGUUCGUCAACUUCGAGGCUCUUCCCAAGCUCCAGUCCCUCGGCUUCACCAAGGGUGUCUCCAAGGCCAACCGUGUCCGCAUCACCAACACUGAUCUCACCUCCCUCACCGGUAUCGAGCUCGAGGAUGUCUCCGACAUGGAGAUCACCAACAACCCUCACUUGACCGAGGUCAACGUCAACCAGAUCACCAAUGCCACUGGUUACAUCAACUUUGCUGCCAACCACAAGGACCUCAAGAUCAGCUUCCCCAACCUCCAGUCUGCCCACAACAUGACCUUCCGCAACACCAGCGGUGUCUCCAUCCCCUCUUUGGAGAAGAUGGACGGUCUCCUCGGAUUCUACUCCAACUUCUUCAUGGACUUCAGUGCUUCCAACUUGACUGGCACCGGUGACCUCGUCUUCGCUGACAACUCCAACCUUAACAACAUCUCUCUGCCAGUCCUCAAGACCGUCAAGGGUGCUUUCCAGGUCGCCAACAACACCAACCUCAAGGCCAUUGACGGUGUUCCAAAGCUCCAGACUGUCAACGGUGCUCUCGACUUCAGCGGUAAAUUCAACAAGGUCGAGCUCCCAGGCCUCAAGGAAGUCCGUGGUGACACCAACAUCCAGAGUACCGAGUCCUUCGGCUGUGAGCCAUUCGACAAGUUCAAGUCUGACGAUGUCAUCCGUGGUAAGCUCACCUGCCGCGAGAAGCAGACCAAGCCAAAGUCCGGUACCGACUCUGGCAGCGACUCCUCCACCUCCUCUGGCGCCGCCGACCCAUCCGCCCAGGCCCCAGCUGGACUCCUCAUCGGUCUUCUCGGUACUCUCCAGUUCCUCUUGUAA